UCUUAUGCUGAUUAUGCAUCAAUGUUCUUCCUUAUUAAAAAAUGUUAACUUAUUCCAAUAUGUUUGAUAACAUUCUUUUUAAUAAUUGAUUAUUUAUACACAAUUUCCUCCGAUUUAUCAAUAGUAUACAAUAUCAAAUCGUGUGCGAACCCAAAUUCGUACUAUUAAUCCAGCUGAUUAUAACAUAUAUAACAGCUGUCUGCUGUACAAAUUUCGUCUAUACAGUCCCAAUUCUAGGGCGCCCGGUUUAAUUAUUUGAGGUUAUAUUUGUGUUGACCUAGUGUGUUUUAAAUCUUCUCACACUUUAGUAAAUUUUCAUUUAAAUUAUAUGAAAUUGAUUGUGAACUCACACAUUGGUGUAUCUGAGUGUUUUUAAAGUAAUUGUACAGUUAAAUUGUUAGCCUAAAAAGAGGAAGUGAUUUAAUUGGUGGUAUCUUUCAUGCAGUCAAAUGUCUUACUUCUUAGACUAUUUAACUCCAAGGUUAUUAAAAGAUGCAGACAACUUGGUAGAACUAUGUUUAGCAAGUAUUUAUUGUUGACAAAUGUUGGAAUUUCAAUAUCAUUGUCUGGUGCCGGGGAUAUUAUUGAACAACACUAUGAAAUUGUUACAAAACAAAAAGAAAAGUGGGAUAGGGUAAGAACUCAUCACAUGUCUAUAUCAGGUAUGACUGUUGGUAUUGUUUGCCAUACUUGGUAUAAAUAUUUGGACAGAGCUUUGCCAGGCAGGACUUUGACUAUUGUUAUGAAAAAGGUUAUCAUAGAUCAAAUUGUUUGUUCGCCAAUUUGCAUCUCAGUGUUUUUUCUGACCUUGAGCUACUUAGAGCAUUUACCAUGGGAAGUCACUAAAAAGGAAAUUAUUACAAAAGGAAAGAGGUUGUACAUUGCAGAAUGGGUUGUGUGGCCGCCAGCACAAGUUGUAAACUUCUAUUUUUUGCCAACAAGAUUCAGAGUUUUAUAUGACAACACAAUAUCAUUAGGGUAUGAUGUUUACACAUCUUAUGUGAGACAUGAUAACUCAGAUGAAGAGAAACAAACCAACUUAGCUGUUAUAAAUGAAGAUUCCAGAGACACUAAAGAGAAUUCAUAAAAUCCAAAGCUUCUAUCACGAGUUGCAAUAUUUUUCUUUACUAUGCGCUUACAUUUUUCAUCUGGUGAAUCUCCCAAAAUUUUCAGUGAGUAGCUGUGAAUAUAUAUUUGAUUGUGUUUUCAUGAGCAUUUAAUUUGUUCCUAUGCUUGGAUUUAAAAUUAUUUUUCUUCUUAAAAUCUAUUGCAUUUUGUUAUAAAUUUGUAUACUAUAGUAAAUAAUCUAGAUUGUGCAAUGUGUAUAAAUACUCAAACCAUACAGAUUUACUUUCUCUGUAGUACUACAAAUAGAUUAUAUCAAGAUUUACCAAUUCUUUAAAUUAAAAAGAGGGUAGGGUAUGAUAAGCGGGCCCAGUUUUUUUUAUAUCGAAGAA